AUUCAAGCGAUCAAUGUGUAGCCUACUCCAUGUACAAAUAUUAAGUUCAAUCCGUAAUAGAGUCGAUGUCUAUGAAAGCAUUGGCUAGAUGCCAUUGGACUGGAGUAAUAUAUGACCAUGGACUUACUAGUUGGUCCAUGAUAUGACUAUCAAACAUCACCUGACAUUCAGCUCAUACAGAGCUGUGUAUUGGUCGUCUGUUAAUGAAACCUGUCAAAAUGGCUGCCAAAAUUCUUCGAAAUGCGACUUCCAUGAUCUUACGGAGGACAUCUCUUGCGAGUUUCCGCGGACAGACUAGUGUUGCAGCUUGUCAGAACCAAACAGCAGGUUUGCUGUCACGAUGGCAAUCAACUGUCUCCAAUCCAGAUACUGAGACCAAGAGGGCGCCCAUGGAUCAGGCAACUAGAGAAAAAGCAAACUAUGAAGCACGGGUGGAGCUUGCUGUGGCGUACAGGUCUGUUGAUCAUUAUGGAUUGGGAGAGGGUAUCUGCAAUCAUCUCACCAUGAGGGCACCAGGGAGCAAUAGUGAAGAUGACGUCAUGCUAGUAGUGCCUUAUGGGCUACCAUGGAAACAGGUAACGGCAUCCUCUCUGAUUGGAAUCGAUUUUAAGACAGGUGAAAAGGUAGAAGGGGAUGGUGUGGCUCUGGAGAGCGCCGUCUGCAUCCAUUGUCCUGUUCAUAUUGCUCGAUAUGAGAAAUAUGGAACCAUUGCUGUGAUGCACACACACCAGCCUUACGUUACAGCUUUGGCUUGCCUCGAUGAACCAGCCCCCUUUGACGAAACAAUGUACCAGAACAGCAUGCGUUUCUCUGGUCGGAUCGCCUAUGAUUUCGACUAUGAAGUGCUAGCUUAUGAGAUGGAUGAAGGAAAGAGACUAGCUGGAGCAUUAGGAGAUCGAGAUAUCUUGAUCAUGGGACAGCAUGGCCUCAUGACGGUUGGACAGAGAGUAUGUGAUGCCUUUGAUGCGCUCUACUACAUGGAACGAGCUGCCCAGAUUCAGGUGCUGGUACGAUCCAUGGGAGGGAAGAGCCGAUCAUCACCACCUCAUAUCGUCAAACAAAUUGCAUCCCACGACUGUUACCCGUAUAACGCCAUCAGUCACUUCCAAAGCAUGUACAAACUAUUGGCAGACGAGAAACCUAACUUUAGAGACUGAGUUCAUUUAAUUAACGGCAUAUUCCUCGACUUGAUAAAAGAUUAAUAUUGAUCAUUCUACAAUCACGUGAUUGAUCUUUCUCUGAGUUGUUUUGUGAUGCAUAAUAUCUGCUUCAAACGCUGAGAAAAAUGAAUGAUAAUUAUGCCUGGUCAAAUUGUUGGUUUUGAUUUUGUGGGGACGCUGCCCAGGCUGUCUGAUACAUUACUCUGUUAAAAGAUCAACAAAUUGUUUUCCGCAAAGACUUCCGAAAAUUCUGAACAUUGCAACGACGUAUUACGUAUUGCAAACAUAAUUUCUAUGAAAUAUACACAUUAUGGUAUUGGAAUUGCCCUUGAGUUGAUUUUAGAAGUAGUUUGGAUCGUUUGUAUAGUUUGACGUUACAGGCCAUCAGUAAUCAAUUGGUGAUUUGCACAAGCGAAACCAAAAUAAUGCCGGUAGUUUUGUAAGGUGAUUCCGUGUAUAUUGUAUAAUUGUGGUCUACUAACUAUAUACUAAUAAUUAAUGGAGAUUAACUUUUAUGUUUAUUGUGUACUGAUACUAAAAAGUAACAUCAUUCAAAAACAAUGAAGUGUUGUUUUUCAUUUUUCCUUCAUCUAUAAAGGAUGAAUUAAUCUCAGUAAUCAUAGAUUAAUGUGACUUUUUAUAGCACUAAAAUCACAUCGUAUUAAAUGAUCAUCCGUAUGGUUAAGGCUUGAUACAGUAUCAUGAAACCUUGCAUGUUUUCUCACAAGGAAAAGUUCGUUAAGGGGGUCGCAAAUCUCAUAGCUGACAAUGAUCAGUAUUUUAUAUCUCGGCCUAUUCACAAUCAUAACGCUGAACAUUGGCGUUGUGAAUAGGUCCAGGAGUAGGGAGGGGUUCUGGCAUCACGGGGGCAACAAUAUUACCAGGUGCAUGCAAUGCGAAUUUACAAGACCAUCAAAGGGGGUGGUGGAAGGGAUUCCAUUGUCGUAUUUCCACAUUCCUUCCCUCUUUUCUAUCAUUUUACCUCUUUUUCGGUUGUUCUUCGUUACCAUAUCGGGCACAUCCCCCGUGCCCCUUAGCUACGCCACUGAACUGAGCUGAACUUGAUGUUCACGGGAUGUUCAGAUUGCACCCUUCAAUGUGUUUAUAAAUGAAACAAAACCCAAUUUAAUGUGAAUGAACUGGUCACAAGAAGUUCAGAAACUCCAAUUCG